AAGCCAAAAGCGUAUAGAAACGAAACUGCCGCAUGUCUGGCGGGGCACUGGUGUACUUUGGAGGGAAUUUGAACCUUACCCUCUCCUGAACAAGUUUCCAAGAGGGAAAUAUAGAUGAAAUGAGAAUGGUGCGUCUACUUCUUGGUCCAUUGCCUGUCGCUACUCGUAUGGUUUGGGUCGUCUGGGGAGUAAUCUCCCUGAUAUCUUUCGGAGUUCAAGAGCUUGGUACGAUUCUCCUGCCCCGCGCCGAGCCGUUACCGGCCGAGACGGCGACCGACGAAACUUUUCUGCAGACCGAUGCCAGCGAUGAAACCAGAACUUCGGAGAAGCUCCAGCAACAGCACGUAUUGGGGCUCAACGAAGAUGCGGAGUUCUACUCCACGUCGGCCGAAGAGGAGGAAGGUUCUUUCCUUCAUCAGUUUCAGGCAGGGCAUCAACUAGUAGACGGUCACGGUAUAAAACUAGUACCACCCCCGCAGCAGGGCGGUGGGCGCGAGCAAGAAGCAAAACAACUGCUGCAGCACCACGAUGCCGUUGGUGCCAGAACGGAUGGGGAUGAACUAAGACAAGGAGCAGUUUUCCCCACAAUUUCGACGUCUAUACUGGAAGAAGAGGAGCAAGGGAGUCGUUCUUUUGCAACUGCUACUUCUAGCACUUCUUUCGUGCAAGAAGAGAGACCGGGCGAGAGAAGUGAACACCAUCGUCCUGCUGCUCCAGCUCCGCCCUCUAGCACAGAACGGCUUCUGCAGCAGGCUUUACUCCGGCUGGACGCAUUGGAAGCGGCAAACCGUGCGCUGGACCAGACGCAGAAAAAACAGAAAGAAAUUCUGCAGAAUUUGCGAAGUGAAGACGUGGAAUUAGACGAGAAAAUAGAGGACGGGGCGAGGGCGCAUCAAAAAAUGCUUAUGAUGUACAAAGCGAUGUUGAUGUAAGUAACAGGAGAUACAGAUGAAUUCAGACUUAAAUGAAAUGUUUUUCAAAUGGCUGGAACAGCUUUGCUCAUUUUUGCCUUCGCAGAGUUUCAUUUUUGCCUUCGCAGAAUUUGCUCAUUUUUGCCUUCUGCAGCGUCGCUUGGGUCUUGCAUAAUGUUGUCGCGAAUUCGAUUCGCCGGGGCUGUGUAUCAUCAGUUUCUGCACCUCUUGGCCUGGAUUAAUCGCGCCGGGGAACGAUCACGACUGGCAUUCGCGGAAGUUCUGAUGCUGAUCGGAUACCUGUCAAUGUAUCCACUGAAAAAGGCUCUUUGAUGUUCGACGUGCAGGAAAAAAUGCUGUCGCAGCUUACUUGUGAGAAAUUACCAGGGCCGCAUGCGGCAGGACAUUAGUACACGAGCACGAGGUGGCAAAUGUUAUACAUACCACGUACGUACAUGGCUCCGCGGAGCUGUUGUGGCGCAGAGGGCAUCGUGAAGAGAGCUUUUUCAGCGCAUAAUUGUCACAUCGGGACGAUUUUGCCGUGGUGCCUCGUCGUCGGGUCCUUACCGUUGUUACGUAUCUGCAGUUGUCGACUUAAGCGGCCCCGGUUCAGUUCAGCAAGAAAUUCCCUACGAGCUGCGCUGGAAACAAAUAUGAAUACCUCGAGCGGCGAUCGUGCGACAUCUCGUGCUUCAAUAGAAGAACAAGGAUCUUCUUCGGGGCCACAUGCGAAGGUCAAUCGUACAUCGCGCACACCCAUACAAGAGAGCAGCGCAGCUACAGGUCUUGUUGCGACGCAAAAUCAGAAGGGCGAAACGACCGUGCAGCGCGAGGGAGAGGCGCCAGAUGGUGGGGCGACCGUGGAAGGGUCUGCAGCAGACGCAGAAGUAAGCGACUCUGAGGACAAUCCUUUUCCCUACGAUUUCAUCGAGCGCGGCACGCUGUCGAAUAUCGUUCAGGACAGCAGGUCGGCCGAGGGGAGGAUUUUUACCGUCACCCUGACUUUGUACAUGAUUUGUUCUCUGCUGGCUCAGGCACCGUUUAUCGCCUACGACACUUUUUGUCCCUGGCGCAAUGACAACCAAGGAGCACUGGGGCACAUCGGCGACGCCCAGAGUGCGUCACAUGCGGAGGCUAUUCUCCGUGCCCUGUGGACUGUCUUGCCUAGCUUGUCGUUGGUGCUCACUGCGGUGCUGCCCGCAAUCUCGAGGGAAGUGGGAAAGGUGCACGCGGACAAACACGAGACGCAGCUUUGGCUCCCGGUUAUCCACAACCUCUCUGCAUUCAUGGGGGGUGUGACGCUGCUUUUCUUUGAGACGCUCCAGCUCUGCUGGGGCGAGAACGUACCACUGUCCUACCUCUUCGCGAUCUUUGACCCACCAAUUCACCUUACAUAG